CCGGGGCGCGGAGCCGCGGGCAGCAGCAGCAGCCCGUGCCCGGGAGUGGCGGCCCUGAGCGGCGCGGGGACACCGCGGGCGCCACCAUGCAGCACCGGGGCCCGCGCCUGUGGCUGGUGCUGCAGGUGAUGAUGGGUUCGUGCGCAGCCAUCAGUUCCAUGGACUUGGAGCGCCCUGGAGAUGGCAAGUGCCAGCCGGUGGAGAUUCCCAUGUGCAAGGACAUCGGCUACAACACCACCCGCAUGCCAAACCUGAUGGGCCACGAGAACCAGCGCGAGGCGGCCAUCCAACUGCACGAGUUUGCGCCGCUCGUGGAGUACGGCUGCCACAGCCACCUCCGCUUCUUCCUGUGCUCUCUGUACGCGCCCAUGUGCACUGAGCAGGUCUCCACGCCCAUCCCCGCUUGCCGGGUCAUGUGCGAGCAGGCCCGGCUCAAGUGCUCGCCGAUCAUGGAGCAGUUCAAAUUCAAGUGGCCGGACUCCCUGGACUGCAGCAAGCUCCCCAACAAGAAUGACCCCAACUACCUGUGCAUGGAGGCACCCAACAACGGCUCCGACGAGCCGAGCCGGGGCUCUGGCAUGUUCCCUCCGCUCUUCAGGCCCCAGAGGCCCCACAGCGCGCAGGAGCACCCGCUAAAGGAUGGGGGUCCCGGGCGCGCAGGCUGUGACAACCCGGGCAAGUUCCACCACGUGGAGAAAAGCGAGUCCUGCGCGCCUCUCUGCACUCCGGGGGUGGAUGUGUACUGGAGCCGCGACGACAAGCGCUUCGCUGUGAUCUGGCUGGCCAUCUGGUCGGUGCUGUGCUUCUUCUCCAGCGCCUUCACCGUCCUCACCUUUCUCAUUGACCCAUCGCGCUUCAAAUACCCGGAACGUCCCAUUAUCUUCCUUUCCAUGUGCUACUGCGUCUAUUCGGUGGGCUAUAUCAUCCGCCUCUUCGCUGGCGCUGAGAGCAUUGCCUGCGACAGGGACAGUGGACAGCUGUAUGUUAUCCAGGAGGGUUUGGAGAGCACCGGCUGUACCUUAGUCUUCUUGGUACUUUACUACUUCGGCAUGGCCAGCUCUUUAUGGUGGGUGGUUCUCACCCUCACUUGGUUCCUGGCAGCUGGCAAGAAGUGGGGCCACGAGGCUAUUGAAGCCAACAGCAGCUACUUUCACCUGGCAGCCUGGGCCAUCCCGGCUGUGAAGACCAUCUUGAUCCUGGUGAUGCGCAGGGUGGCAGGAGAUGAGCUCACCGGGGUGUGUUACGUGGGCAGCAUGGAUGUCAAUGCCCUGACCGGCUUUGUGCUGGUCCCGCUGGCUUGCUACCUGGUCAUCGGCACUUCCUUCAUCCUGUCCGGCUUUGUGGCUUUGUUCCACAUCCGGAGGGUGAUGAAAACGGGUGGGGAAAACACGGACAAGCUGGAGAAGCUCAUGGUGCGCAUCGGGGUCUUCUCCCUCCUCUACACUGUGCCGGCCACCUGUGUGAUUGCCUGCUACUUUUAUGAACGCCUGAACAUGGACUACUGGAAGAUGCUGGCCACGCAGCACAAGUGUAAGAUGAACAAUCAGACCAAGACACCCGACUGUCUGAUGACCACCUCCAUCCCUGCCGUGGAGGUCUUCAUGGUCAAAGUGUCCAUGCUUCUGGUGGUGGGCAUCACCAGUGGGGUGUGGGUCUGGACUUCCAAGACCCUGCAAUCUUGGCAACAGGUGUGCAGCCGGGGGCUAAAGAGAAAGAGCCGGAGGAAACCAGCCAGUGUGGUCACCACUGCAGGGAUCUACAAAAAAGCUCAGCACCCUCAAAAACCUCACCUGGGGAAGUAUGAGCUUCCUGCCCAGCCUUCAGCUUGCGUGUGAAGGUGACUGGCAGGGAGAUCAGGACAGACAGUGCCCAACUGGGCUGCUCCUCUUGGUUGGCUGGUUCUUUAAAUCAAAGUAAAAAGUAUAUAUAUAUAUAUAUGCAUAUAUGUGUGUGUAUAUAUAUAAAGUCUACCUUGAAGUUUGGAACUAUGUGAUAGGCUGAAAGUAAAGGGUUCUGUUCUGUUUGCUGCCUCCUUGAAGGGUCCCUCAUUACAGAAGGAGCCUCUUGUGCAACGAAUUUGUGGUAAAGCAGUUGAUUCAGCCAUCCUCUCAAGAAAACUUUUGUCUGGGCCUCAAACACACAUCUGUGCAUAUCCAGGAGGCUCUGCUGCCUGCUUACCAACUUGAGGCCAGAAAGCUCCUUUGCAAGCUAAAGAGCUUCCGUUUGAGCUAGCAAAUGAGGGCCCACCCGAGGGACCCGCUCUUCUCUUCCCAGCAAGGCUGCUGUAUCAGGGCGGGUGAGGAGGUGGGGGUGAAAGAAGGGACCCUGAGCCAUCUCUACACUCCAAGGUCUGCAGGUUCCUUAAAAAGAGUCCCGCCCUCAGCCUUCAGAGCUCUCCACCACAGACCUCCCCCCAAACCUAACACUGGAGAAUUCAAAUGGUGUGCAAUACAGUUUUUUUUUUUUACAUUUUCCCCCUUUCCCCAUGAAAAUAAAAGAGAAAAAAAAGUAUUUUGUUGUAAAUAAAAGACAACAAAAGGAAUCAUCUAACAAAAGAAUUAAGAGGCCCAGGCCUCAGAAAAACCCUUCAGCCUGAUACAUUUUGUGGCUUUUUAAUGGAAACCAAGCCAGUGUGUUCUACACAUUGGGACUGAUUUGUGGAGAGGAAGGGGGAGGAGGAAUCGGUGGAGAGCACCCGAAGGGCUUAUUGACUCUCUCAAUUGUUAAACAAAUGAUUUCCAUGAGUGGUCUAGAAGCACUUGGAAAGACAAACUUUGUCUCCAGCCAGGGAGGGCGAUGCCUGCCUGUGUAUAUCUGUAAUAUAUGAUAUUUUUCAUGCUCCACUAUUUUAUUAAAAAUAAAAGACGUUCUUUAGUUUGCUGCCA